AUGUCGGAUGCGGGCAACGAAGACACCAUGGUUCACGUCUCCUACCUGGGAGGAUACAUCUUCCUCUCAUAUGUUAUCAGCUCUAUGGGAUGUGCGACCACGUUGGAGCUUCUUCACCGCAGAACGUCCAGAUCGGGCUUCUACAACUGGUACCUACUCCUCACUUCUUCUAUUACCAUGGGUGGUAUAGGUAUUUGGUGCAUGCACUUUAUCGGCAACCGCGCUAUCGUCCUCGGCAAUGGAGCCGCAAAUAUACAAAUUCUAUACAACGUCGCGUUCACUGGAACAUCGUUUGUGCUGCCCGUGGUCGUGCUCCUCGCCGCAUUCUACUCUGUCGGCGUCCAGGAGAAGGCUGGCUACAUACGCAUAUUGAUAGGAGGCUUACUUACUGGUAGCUCCGUGUGCGGAAUGCAUUAUGUUGGACAGUUGGGUAUUUCAAACUACAAGAGCUCAUAUCAUGUUGCAAAUGUCGUCGGAUCGGCUAUCAUCGCUGUUUUCUCGAGUACCGCUGCGCUGGGAAUUUUCUUUCGAUGGAGAGCUACUUGGACUGAUAGUUGGUGGCGGCGCGGGAUCUGUGCCUGUCUGCUUGCCGGUGCUGUAUCAGGCAUGCACUGGACAGCAGCUGUUGGAACGACUUAUCGUGAGCGAGAUGAGACUAUGAAGAAUGGGUCGCAAUUGUCUCGAAGUCAGGUGGUCAUCGUCUGCUCUGUCCUGGCUUGUGUCUCUUGUGUGAUUCUGUCUGCUUGCGCCGUUGUCUCUGGUGGCAAUCGCCGACGAUCGACCACUCGCGCACAUCAGCUCGUUCUUGCCUGCGCUUACUUCGACCCAUCUGGGCGAGUCAUGGUUACACCACAGGCUCUGCUACCAACGAAAAAGAUCGUUGAUCACUAUAUUGGACGGACAUUCCAAGAUGAUGAUCUCACUCGCACUCAUCCUACUUUCCUAUGGGCCUUUAGGGCAAGCCGCAAUUGGCCCGUGGUCAAAGAUAUGAUCCCCUUCAUGCGAAAUCGUCUCGAAUCCGAACAGGCCGCCAUCCAGAAACAUGUCUUGUCACGAGGAGUGGUUAACGAUAAGGAUACCGAGUUGCAGACGGAUUUCGAUACAUUAUUCAAGCAGCUUUUCUGUGUUUCGGCGCAGGAGCUGUCGAAUGACUUGCGACUACCUCUUCACGAACUUGGAACCUUGUACGAUGACGUUCUGGCAACUGCUAUCCCUGUCUCUCGAUUAUCCAAAGCGAUGGGUCGCUCGUCACUACGAACCGGCAAGGGUCAAUUAAUGUUCAGUGUCCGGCAGCUCCAAAAGCACGAAGCGGCUCGCAUGUCUUCGCUUGGUUUCCGAUUCGCUACUAUCGAGAACAUCACCUCGACUCUCUCGCGCCGCAUUCAUGUCCCAGAACCGAGUCUGAGGGAACACCUCCGUGAUAUGCGGGAUUAUGCCACCACCAACCGUGGCUUCUCAGAAGGUGUACACUUGACUGCAUUUGUGAUGCGUCCUACCGUCAGCGACCAUUUCGAGAUUCUCACCACCAAAGGCACAGGAAACCCGCUUCCAUCCUCAACCCUCCCAAUGCUCCGACUACAGGUCGCACACCUCGACCUGAUUUCCCAUAUGGAAGGCUGGUCCAUGAACACUUGCUUGAAAUACCUCAAAUCCGACCCCGCCAUGCAAACAGACCGCAACCUCGACGAGUUCCGUCAACAUCUUGUUAACGGUAUAACCUCUCUAUCCAAAACCUUUUCCGAAGAAAUGCGCGCAGCAGCCACCUUCUCCGCACGCCCUCUCCUUGCCCCAUGCCGCAAAACAACUCGCACCUCCGAAGAAGCCCUGCCGCAAUCCCCACGGCAAUGCACAAUCCUCACAUUCUGUGUCGUCGGCACAUUAAAUACCCAAAUUCCCAAUUCAGACUUCACAUUUACCCCCUUCCGCCUCUUCCGCGUCCAACAACAAGUAAACGACAAUGUUGCCGACAGAGAUGGCUUCUCUCGCGAACUUAGCCAGGAGCUAUUCUGUACAGAUGUCCGUUCCGGCUCUACAGCCUCGGACUCUGACAAACUAUCCGCCACCCGCUCUGCCAUUAUCCGCCUCUGGCAUUCGCGGAAACAUAGCUUCGGCAGUGCACUACACUCGAGUAUUUCGCAGGAAGAUCUCUUCGAGGCUGGUAUCACUACGACUGCGCUAGGAGAUAUUACCGUGCAGAAAGAGGUGCGCGUGGAUGUCACACGGUUGAAUGAGAAUGCAGCGAAGAACCCGGUGGUCCAGCAUGAUGCUAUCAUUGCGGCUGGUGAUAAUGCGUUGACGCCUAUCACUUACGUCGACGAAUUGUAUAGUCUUUGCUAUGCGCCUGGAAUUCGCUUGCGAUCAGAUGGGUCGUUCAACCCUACUCCCAAAUCCGAUUUAUAA